UCGUCAGCCUGAAAGCCAACAGAGACAUAGGUGAAUUUGGAUAUAAUUUCAGGGAAUAAAUGUUUUCUCCAGGCAUGUGAACAUCUCUCCAUCUGCUCUGCGGAGAGGAGUGACAGACGCAGACUGAAUAACGUUAUUCGGGUGUGACAGAAAUCUGCGCUUGUUCGCUCGAGCGCGUCUCAUUGAGGUCCACACGCGUGGCAUGAAUCUCUUCGCAGCGUUUAUUUACUCAGACGACUUUACUGUGGUCAGGUCUAAAGUGUUUUAUUGCUCUGAGAUGUGCGCUCAGGAUUAAAUCGGAUGGAGCAGCGGUACGCCGUUAAGCAAGCAACCGAGAGGAGAGCGAUAUUUGCGUUCAAUCUGAGAAGAAUGGACACGCAAAAUAUGAUGCAGUGCAAGUGUCGUCAUCUGAACAUCCGUUAUUUCUGUUAAACGGAAACAGCACAGCUAUAUUUAUCAGGAUAAUCCUUGUUGUAGCCUCAUGGAAACAACCUUUUGGACUAUAUAAGGUAGAUUAUUGUUUAUUUAAAUAUAUAUUUUAAUAGGCUAGAUAAAUGUCUUUAAUCUCUUAAGGUUUGGGUAUUCGCAGACCAUCCAAGUAUUAUUAAUUUAUUCGGGUCAUCAUUAAGAAUUCAUACUGACAUUUCCGUUGGGAUUUGGGAAUAUUAUAUCUGAUGCACUGGAAUGCUUCGUCUUCAUAUGAGCUGUGUCUUCAUAUGAGUUUAGUCAUUAUUUUGCUGUCCCAAGAGCACCUUAAUGAGAUUGCUUGGCUGAAUGAAGCGGAUGCAUAAAUGCUGAAUAAGAAGAGAGCUGGAAGAGAACAUCAUUUGAGUCACGGACAGACUGCCACAACCACGCUGAACGAAUCACGGUGACAUCUGGCGCUAAAACUGCUUAUUCUGUCGUGACAUCUGUGAGCUGUUCUGUCUGUACUUGAGUUUUUAGGCAACAUUCAGAGAGGAUCCUGAUUGAAACCACAGAGCACCAAAGUCUAAACUAAAUGCAGAGUGGACUGAAAUCAUAAAAGUAGAUUCAACCCAGAGAUCUGAUUUUCAGACAGGACCUGGAUCCAGUCUCAAUCUAGAUAGGACCUGAAUCCAGACUGAAUUCAUAAAGGACUAGACUGUAUCCAGUUACAAGCUGAAUCCAGACUCAAUCCAUAAAAGAAGAGAGUUCAGACUGAAUCCAUAAAGGACCUAGGUGCAGUUUGAACUCAAAGCGCAUCUAAAACCAAAUUGAAUCCAGAUUUAACCUAGAUCUAGAUUUUAUCCAGAUUCAACCAGAAUCCAGUAUCAAUCUAAAUGGGAUCUGAAUCCAGAAAGGACCUAAAUCUGGACUGAAUCCAGACAGGACCUGAAUCUAGCUAAAACCUAAAUAAAGAUUAAAUCCAGAUCUCACCAGAAUUCAGACUCAAUCCAGAUAGAACGGAGUGCAGUUCGAAUCCAUUGUAGAUCUGAGUCCAAACCAAAUCCAGAUAGAACCUUGAUCUAGAUUCAGUCCAGAUCAGAUCGGAAUUCAGACUCAAUUCGGAUAGGAGCUUAAUCCAGAUAGAAUUGAGUGCUGUUCAAAUCCACUUUGGAUCUGAGUCCAAACUGAAUCAAGACAGAACCUUAAUCUAGAUUCAGUCCGGAUAGGAUUUAGGCCUGAGAACUGAAUCCAGACUAAAUAAAGUUUUAACCUAAUCAUCCAUAAGGGACCUGAGUCCUAUUUGAAUCCAUAUAGUACUGAAUCCAUCUAUGAUCCCUGGGACACCUGCAGCGAUGCUCCCAGCCACAGAGGCAGCCAAGAUCUACCAGACCAACUAUGUCAGGAACUCUCGUGCCAUCGGGGUCCUGUGGGCCAUCUUCACCAUCCUCUUUGCCAUCGUCAACGUGGUAUGUUUUGUUCAGCCCUACUGGAUCGGGGAUGGCAUGGACACGCCACAGGCUGGCUACUUCGGCCUCUUUCACUACUGCAUAGAGACCGGAAUAUCCCGGGACAUGACGUGCCAGGGGAGCUUCACUGAGUUUAGCUCAAUCCCGUCUAGCGCCUUCAAAGCUGCGUCCUUCUUCAUUGGGAUGUCCAUGGUUCUGGUCCUCUCCUGCAUCGGCUGCUUCGCCUUCUUCUUCUUCUGCAGUACAGCCACUGUGUAUAAGAUCUGUGGGUGGAUGCAGCUGUCAGCAGGUAUGUGUCUGGUGUUGGGCUGUAUGAUAUAUCCUGAUGGCUGGGAUGCUGAUGAGGUGAAGAGGAUGUGUGGAGAAGGGACGGACAAAUACACCAUCGGAGCAUGCUCAAUGCGCUGGGCGUACAUCCUGGCCAUUAUGGGCAUCUUGGAUGCCCUUAUUCUCUCUUUCCUGGCUUUCGUACUGGGCAACAGGCAGGAUGGACUCAUGUCCGAGGAGCUGCUGGGAGACAAGAAUGGAAAUGCAUAGACAGACGCCAGAUACACUCAGGUGUUUCUGUCUCGUUCAAGGAAAAUCAUUAAAUGAAAUCCCAAUCCAGCUUUACCCAUCAUCCAGAGGACAGGAAGCCUGACUGCAGCAGUUUGAAAAAACGAAGGAUGCAAACUGGGUGAAUGGAGUUGGGAACUUACUGCUUUUCUGUCCAUAUAUCCCUUCUUUGCACAUCACUCCCUGGAAUUGCUUCUCAAGAAAUCCCUCUCCUAGUUUGAUUAACCGUGUUCUGUGCUAACAUGAUAGGGCAGCUAAUGCACCGUUUAGAACUAACUUCGACUUGGAUUAAUAAUAAUAAUUAUAAAAAAG